GCUCUCCCGGCCUAAUUGAGGGUCUCCGCUGAAGCACGACACAGCUGACACAGGUUUUCAACGACGCCUGCUGCUUGCUGGUGUCUUCACCGGCCGCAGCUGCCCUGAAUUGCGAGUCGUGCUGCCCGCUCUCAGUACAUCAGACAACGAGCAAUAAUGGAAACGCGCUGCAUUCCAUGCCAGACCCAGCUCGACUACGGCGUGCCGAGCGCUCCGAACUACGUCGAAAACGGUGAGCUAUCGGCCACGGCUACACGAGCGCUGGACGACGUUUUGCGGCGCGUCGACGACGCGAUCGCGCGCGGCUGGAGGCGGACCGGCGACGACAGCGUCUAUGUAGGAGACCCCGGCGUGGCGUACUACCUGAUGCGACGGGGCGACGUCGACGCGGCCCGCGAGCUGGUUGGACCGCCGUCGAGGCCGCGCCCCGCGAAGGCGAAGGACUGCUCUAUCAUGUGCGGACGGACGGGUGUGGACCUCGUCGCGGCGUUGUGCGCGCCCCGGGACGACGCGUUUCUGCAGCGCGCGGCGGCGAUCGUCGCGCGGACGGAUGUGGCGUGUUCGGAGCUCCUGGAGGCCGACGAGUGGCUCUACGGCCGCGUCGGAUUCCUGCGCGCGCUCUUGGAACUGCGGCGGGAAGGGCGCGCGGUGCCGGGCCUGGACGACGCAAUUCAACGCGUCGUCGCCGCGACGCUAGCGUCCGGGCGCCAUGGCGACGGCCUGCGCUACGCGUGGCAUGGCAAGGAGUAUGUCGGCGCGGCCCACGGCUACGCCGGUAUUUUGUACCUCCUGCUGAAGGCCGGCUGCCGCGACCCGGCCCUGCGCGCGCUGGCAGAUUGGCUGCGGGACCUCGAGACGCGCGAGGGCAACUGGCCGUCGUCGCUGCCUGCGACGCGCGAGGCGCGACUCGUGCAUUUUUGUCACGGCGCGCAGAAGCGUUGUAUUCGCGAUGGCCGAGGCGCACCGCGUCUAUGGCGACGAGUCCUUCCGGGACGCGUGCCUGCGCGGGGCCGAGACUGUGUGGCACUUCGGACUCCUGACCAAGGGCCCUGGGCUCUGCCACGGCGUCGCGGGCAAUGGGUAUGCGCUACUUGCCGCGUAUCGCGUCUCGCGCGACCCCAGAUGGUUGCACCGCGCCGUCGUUUUUGGGACGUGCAUAGGGGACGACGGCGUCUGCGCCCGGCAGCGGACGCCGGACAACCCGUUCUCGCUCUUCGAGGGGCUCGCGGGGAGCGCGUGUUUUCUGAGAGACCUCCGCGAAUCGCUUAUUGGUGCGGGGCUGCCGUUGUACGAGGUGGAUGUGGGGUAGGUAUAAAGUGC